UGCAAUUUACAGCCCUUCCCGGGGGGAAGAGGAGACAGGAACGGGCCUGGCUCGGGGCUGGCUUUGACCCUUUCGCCACCAACGGAGAAAGUGCCAGAAGGACCCUUCCUCCCUUCUUCUCCCUCGCCGGCCAGGGCAGGAUCCUGGGGAAGGGGAUCGUGGCGGGCUCCUGCUCCCGAGCUGCACCCAGCAUCUUGGGGUGGAUGAAGAAAGAGAAGCUGCUGGCAUGGGCAUGGUUUCCCUGUCCCAUUCCUGAUGCCCUGUGUGCUGGAGGGACACAGAGACUCAGUCCUGCCUGGGAGGAGGCAGAGAUCUCUGCUGCGGAUCCCAAAAUCCCAGCCAGGCUCCCGUAAGGAGGUGGAGGGAGGAGGAGAGCUGGCAGAGGUGAGCUGGAGCUGCAGGAGAAGGAGGGUUAAUGCUGGCUGGGUAGAGGGAGGGCUCUGCGGUGUGAAGGCUGUGGCUGGGGCACAUGCUGGCAGGGUGGGCUGCUGCUGACGGGGCUGGGCUGGUAAGGGUUAAUGGGGUGGCUCUUCCUCUUCCUCAACCUCUAUAUGAGGCUCCUGCCGGCUCCAGGCUCAGUCUGCUGCCAGCAGCCAGAGGAGCAGGAGCUGAGUGAGACCGGAGCAUCCCUGCAUCCCAUCCCUGCAUCCCUGUGUGGGCUCAGGGCUGAAUCCAGGAUCCGUGUGAAGCUUCGUGAACCUCCCCAGCCGCAGCACCGGACACCCCCCCCCCCCCCCAGCCACUCAGGAGGGGAGCAGAACAACCAGGGGUGCAAUAUUGGGGCUGGGGGGGCAAUGGUACCCCUGGGCAGCCCCCCUCUUGCUGUCUGCACCUCCAGCAACCUGCGCCUCGUGGCCCGCGGCCGCGGCUCCCCCCUGGCCUGGCUGAACCGAGGCCCCGAGUGUCCGCAGGACUCGGGGGGCAGUGGGGGCCGGAGGCCCAGCGCUGUGGAGCGGCUGGAGGCCGACAAGGCCAAAUACGUCAAAUCCCAGCAGGUCAUCAACAACCGGCAGGAGCCGGCGCUGCGGAGCUGCUCGCCCCGGUUCUCCCCCCGCGGCCGGCGCCUCCUCGCCCGCCAGCAGUGUAACGAGUUGUGUCAGGGCUCAGAGCUGAGCCGGGAGGGUCCCAGGAAGCUGCCGUGCCCCCAGUCCCCCGUGUCGCGCCGGACCGGCGGUAGACGCCUGCUGAGACCCGACUCCCUCAUCAUCUACCGGCAGAAACGGGACUGUCCAGGUGGGGACAAGGAAAAUGCCAAGGGCUCCGGGCUGGUGCGACGCCUCUUCCAGGGACCCCUCAGAGACAAGCCCCCCAGCUCCCCCCCAGCCAGGGGGCUGGGCGAGGGGCCGCCGGCCCCCCUGAGCCCCGAGACCCCCAUGCUGUGGGUGCCCGCGGAGAAGGAGGAGGUGAGGACGCCGGGUGCCAGCAGCGGCGGCGGUGGCGGCGGUGGCAUCUUCCCUCUGCCUGGCAGCCCCAUGGCGCAGCCCCCCGAGCCCCCCGGCAAGCAGGCGCUGGCUCUGCGCGUCUCCCUGCCGCUCUCGGAGCAGGAGCGGUUCUUUAAUUACUGUGGGCUGGACCGGGCACUGGUGGAGCUGCUGGGCCGGGAGCGGUUCGGACCAGCGGGCUGGGACAACGCCUCGACUCGGCAUCCCGGUUCCUGCGAGUCGGAGCCCGGGCAGGCCUCGGAGGGCAGCGAGGGGGAUGUGGGGCCGGGUGAGGAGGAGCAGGAUGCCCGGCUGGGCUCCACCGUUUCGGUGGUGGAACGCAAUGCCCGCGUCAUCAAGUGGCUCUAUGGCUGCCAGAGAGCCUGGGCGGCCGCCAAGGAAUCCACCGUCUGAGCGGAGGCAGCCUGGCCGGGGACGAGGACGUCCGUGUGGCUCCUGUUGGCUGGACGUGGCCCCUCACCCUCGGCGAACGUGGCCGAUGGGCUGGUGGCAUCCACGGUCCUCGUGCUGUGGGGCUGCUGCUGGCUGGGAGGGCCACCAGGUCUACCCCAGACCCAGGGGUGGGGGGACCUGAGGGGCAGGGGGGGGAAGGGGGUCCCCUGGGUGACUUUCUCCUUGACCCCAGGGCUGGCAGGCUGCUGUCCCCUGCUGCGACCCAUCUUCUCCAUCCUCCCUGUCUCCAGCCCAAGGUGGUGGGAUGGGCCCGCAGCCCCCAUCAGCCGCUCGUGUCCUGCACCAGUCCUGCAGACUGGGGGGGGUGGGCAGAGCCUGAGCCCUCCCCCGUCAUGGGCAGUGCCCACCCCACAGCCCCCUCCUCCCCAGAAAAGGGGCUGCUGAGGCCAGAGCAGCGCUCAAUAAACUUGAUUUUUGUCGUU